AUGCUGGUAAAUGAAAGAUUUGGUAGUCUGCACUCGGUUCCGCUGCUCUACGAGGUUACUUUCUCUCAGCUACCUACGCUGCUCUACGAGGUUACUUGCUCUCAGCUACCUACGCUGCUCUACGAGGUUACUUUCUCUCAGCUACCUACGCUGCUCUACGAGGUUACUUUCUCUCAGCUACCUACGCUGCUCUACGAGGUUACUUGCUCUCAGCUACCUACGCUGCUCUACGAGGUUACUUGCUCUCAGCUACCUACGCUGCUCUACGAGGUUACUUGCUCUCAGCUACCUACGCUGCUCUACGAGGUUACUUGCUCUCAGCUACCUACGCUGCUCUACGAGGUUACUUUCUCUCAGCUACCUACGCUGCUCUACGAGGUUACUUGCUCUCAGCUACCUACGCUGCUCUACGAGGUUACUUUCUCUCAGCUACCUACGCUGCUCUACGAGGUUACUUUCUCUCAGCUACCUACGCUGCUCUACGAGGUUACUUUCUCUCAGCUACCUACGCUGCUCUACGAGGUUACUUUCUCUCAGCUACCUACGCUGCUCUACGAGGUUACUUUCUCUCAGCUACCUACGCUGCUCUACGAGGUUACUUGCUCUCAGCUACCUACGCUGCUCUACGAGGUUACUUGCUCUCAGCUACCUACGCUGCUCUACGAGGUUACUUGCUCUCAGCUACCUACGCUGCUCUACGAGGUUACUUUCUCUCAGCUACCUACGCUGCUCUACGAGGUUACUUUCUCUCAGCUACCUACGCUGCUCUACGAGGUUACUUUCUCUCAGUUACCUACGCUGCUCUACGAGGUUACUUUCUCUCAGCUACCUACGCUGCUCUACGAGGUUACUUUCUCUCAGCUACCUACGCUGCUCUACAAGGUUACUUUCUCUCAGCUACCUACGCUGCUCUACGAGGUUACUUUCUCUCAGCUACCUACGCUGCUCUACGAGGUUACUUUCUCUCAGUUACCUACGCUGCUCUACGAGGUUACUUUCUCUCAGCUACCUACGCUGCUCUACGAGGUUACUUUCACUCAGUUACCUACGCUGCUCUACGAGGUUACUUGCUCUCAGCUACCUACGCUGCUCUACGAGGUUACUUUCUCUCAGCUACCUACGCUGCUCUACGAGGUUACUUUCUCUCAGUUACCUACGCUGCUCUACGAGGUUACUUUCUCUCAGCUACCUACGCUGCUCUACGAGGUUACUUUCUCUCAGCUACCUACGCUGCUCUACAAGGUUACUUUCUCUCAGCUACCUACGCUGCUCUACGAGGUUACUUUCUCUCAGCUACCUACAGCCGAGCCAGCCACUGGCAGCCAGGUCACCGUCACAGGGGGCAGGGGAAUGUGUGAGGUGGCUGGGGGCCGCUGCCGGCUGAGGUGUGGGGCUGACUGUAUGCUAGAUGGGGGAGGCAGCAGUCUGAGCUGA